AUGUCGAAACAGACGAAACUAGCUUGGUCAUGUUCAAGGUUCCCUGCUACCGCAUACUCCUACUUCAACAUGUCACAAUCGAAGCAGCAAAAGGUCCUGCUGUUUCUAGGACCGGAACGAACCUUCAACCCUGAUGCAAUGCAUAACAUGGAUUCCCGCCCGCGCGGCGCGAUUUCGGGCGCGAAGGAUAAGAGGGAGAGGACGGGUUCCCGCCAGCCAUUUGCUCGUCUCCGCCAGUGCUCCUCCUCGCCGCUGGACGAGCUCCUCCCCGCCGGCGAGCUCCACCCGCGGCCCGCCAGUGUUGCUCCUCCCCUCCUUGUCCCCUGCUCAUCCCCGACCCGCCGAUCUUCCUCCUCCCCUGCUCGUCGCCUAGAAGCUGCUCGUCUCCGACGGCGUACCCCUCCCCACCGGCCACCCGAAGCCUCCAAGCCUGCUGAAUCUGAAUCUGAAUGUGCAUGUAUGAUGAAUCUGAUGUCAUCAACUGAGAACGGAACAGAGGGAUCAAAUGUCCUGAAAAGGAAUUCGGAUGAUGUUGGAUGGGAAUAUGGUGUUCUUGUUGAUGCUAACAAUAAGGACAAGCCAGAACACCACAGGCUACGGAGGCUAAAGAGAAGUGCAAAAAAGGCACUAGCUGAUGCAAAAAGGAAGAGGGAGGAGAAGUCUGUUCGUGAGCUAGAAAUUAGAGAGGAAGUUCAUGUAUCUAGGGUUGGAGCAGAUUCAGAUGAAGUCACCUGUGUUAGAAGUUCAGAGCCCCACAAGUUAGGAUCCAUUGACAAAUGGACACGUGCUAUUGAUCCUAAAGCUACCAUGUGUGAUUCUUUGAAGCAACAACAGCUGAACAAGGAACUUUGGAAAGAAAGAACCAAUCAGGUGCAUAAGUACAUUGCAAAAUGGGCCUAUACACAUGCUAUUGCUUUCAAUGCACUUGAUAAUGAUGAGUUCAAGCAAAUGUGUGAAGCAAUUGGACAGUUUGGUCCAGGUUUUGUACCUCCAACUCAGGAUGCACUGCGGGGGAAGUUGCUAGAAGAAGAAUAUGAAAGAACAAAGAGUUUGCUGCAAGAGCGUGAAGCCGAGAAGAUGAAAAAUGGUUGCUCUAUUAUGACUGAUGUUUGGUCAGAUAGGAAGAGGAGAAGCAUAAUGAAUGUGUGCACCAAUUGUGCUGAGGGAACCUCCUUCAUCAGCUCUAAGGAGAUGUCAGAUGUCUCACAUACCAGUGAGCUCAUCUUUGAACUUGUGGACAAAGCAAUUGAAGAGAUUGGUCCAGACAAUGUGGUGCAAGUAGUGACUGACAAUGCCUCUAACAACAUGGGAGCAAAGAGGCUAUUGGAAGAGAAGAGACCACACAUAUUUUGGACAUCUUGUGCAGCUCACACAAUCAACCUUAUGCUGCAAGGAAUUGGCAACAUGCCUCGGUUCAAGAAAGUGGUUGACCAAGCAAAGGCAUUUACCAUAUUUGCCUAUGGCCACACAAGGACAUUGGAGUGCUUGAGAUGCUUCACAGAGGGGAAAGAGGUAGUGAGGCGAGGAGUGACUAGGUUUGCUUCAAACUUUCUCACUUUGGCUAGCAUGCAAGAGAAGAAGGACCAGUUAAGGAAGAUGGUGGUUCAUAGUAAGUGGGACACAUUGAAGGAUGUGAAAUCAAAGAAAGGAAAAGAGGCAACAGCAACUAUAUUGAGUCCAAGCUUUUGGAGGGAUGUGAAGCUCACAUUGGCUGUUUUUGAGCCAUUGGUCAAAGUCCUCCGUUUGGUUGAUGGUGAUCUCGGUUCAAGGAUGUAA